AUGUGGUGGCUCGGUAGCUGCCAAUGGAGGGUGUAACUCGACAACGGGAGCGCAGACCUCGAGUGAAGAAUGCGCUCAGCUACGAUGUAGCUCCGUUCCGGAUUGAUCAGUUGAGCUUGUAGCCCGAAAACCGUUCUGACUGUCGAACUUUUCAAGGCCGCCUUGCGAGAGCGUGCCCGAUCUGAAUCUCGCCUUGACUCCGUGGGCGGCUGGUCGGCUUCAACGGUCAAUUCGAGCUACGAAACAGAACAAAGUCCCUCUUCUGAUCCCGUAGUUCUCCAGCAGAAGCCUCUAGAAAUGUACUCGUACGCUUACCGAUUGAAGUAUCUGCAAAAACUUCACAACGAUGCCUUCAUGGGCCUCAACGCUGUCAUUCUCGGUGACGGUCUCCCGCCAGGAGCCGUCUACCGUUCUUCGCUUCCGGCAACUCCUGUUUCGACUCCAAUCCGCGAAAACUGGGUGUUUUCUGAGCAGGCCCUACGCGAGCGUCUUUGUAAGACGCCCUCACCUAGGAAGUGUCGCCUCUUUGACCCACGUCGUCGUUCCGAGGUAGGGCUCCACGAAGAAAGCUGGACUGAGGGAGAAGAUGAGAGUCCGGACGAAACGGAUUCCGUUAAAGAAAACGACGAUUUCGUUCUGAAACGGAAGAUUUUCGUUGGCAAUAUUCCACCCAAGGUGAGCAAGGCCGCAUUGCGAGAUUUUUUCUCGCGCUUCGGUCGCGUCACGGAUGCCACAUUAUGUGUGGACGCCGAACGACGUUGGUCCAAGGGUUUCGGUUUUGUGACAUUUUCCAAGAAAGAGGAAGCUGACAGGGCACUGGCAGCUGAAUCUGAGGAGCUUGUUUGCGACGGGAAGACCCUGCGACUUCGUCCAGCUACCGAAAAACGAACCCUCAAGCUCCGCCAGCUUGCAGCUCGAGAGCGCAGGCUAACGGAUGAGAUUGAUGGCGUUGACGACUCACUGGAUGAAUCUGUGUGCGUGCCCGUGAUGAGUGUUGAAAACUUCAAUGAUCUCCCGGAUGAGGUCAUUUGUGCUAUCCUUUCGAAGCUCGACUGGAAGACCCGGGUCUGCAUGGAACGCGUUUGCAAACGUUGGCAGCGGAUGGCUCAGAAAGUUUGGCAGUCAGAGGAGGAGAUCGAUUUCGCUGGUUUCGGCGAAAAACAACGUCUUACCGUUGAAAUGUUCCGCUCGCUGCUAAGUCGGUGUAAAGGAUCUCUGAAACGGAUCGACGUAUCCGCCGUAUCGGACCGCUUACCGGGCGCCGAAACAGCUGAGGUCAUCUCCCAACUAUGCCCGAAUCUCGAAGUCGUGAAACUGUCGGGUCUUCCUGUUACCAACGUUUCCGUGCAGCAAAUCGCGCAGAAGUGUCCCAAGCUGCGACACGUCGAGUUGGACGGCUGCAACGAAAUCGGGGAAAAGGGCCUAUGGUGGCUGUUCCACCUCUGCAAGCAUUUGGAGCACAUUAACUUGUCGGGAGUUCCGAAACUCAGUGGGCAGUGUUUUCAUAUGAGCGGUCAGCGAUUACGUUCGGUCGUGUUAGAUGGUUGCGUCGGUAUGACUCAUUCAGGUUUCGUGAAGCUUGCUACCAAGUGCUCGUUUCUCCAAAGUUUGAGCCUCAACUCGGUGUCGCAGUUGACGGACAAGGACCUCAACUACAUCUGCUCGAACUUGCGAGCGAUCAAAUCGAUCCAGCUCGGCGGGAACCUCAAAUCGAUAACUUCGAUAGGUCUCUGCUCUCUGAACAAAUUGCUGCAGCUCGAGGAAGUUCAUCUGAGUGCCAAUGCUGAGGUGAACGACGACGUUCUCUGCGCUCUCGCCCGGGGAUGCACCAAACUCCGUCGAAUCGAUAUCUCUCGCUGUCAUCGAAUCACCAAUCUUUCCUUCAGCGCUAUCAGCCAAUGUCCGAGCCUCGAGCAGCUGAACGCGUCUUAUAUAGCCAGGAUUAACGACAACGGCCUGAGAGCUUUAAGCGCCCAGGGUGCGCUCCAACGUCUAGUCGUCCGAGGCUGUCCUGGAAUCGGCGACGCAGGACUCUCAGCGAUCACGCAACUCUGUCCCGUGACCCUGAUCGACGUGAGCGGCUGUACGGCCGUAACGAACUCGUUCGUCGACGAAGCCAUCCGUCAUGUUACCGAAAGGCCCUCAGGGCAAGCCAUUCGUUUGAAACUGAUCACCGGUGCGUCCGGGAUCAGAUAUGCCAAAAGCCCAUGCGGACGCCUCGAGCUCGAUACUUCCAACCUAUGUGAGAGCGAGUUCAUCCCCCCGCCGACUUUGAGAGGAAGAAUAUUUUCCCGAGCUUUAUCGUAUCACGGACCUUCUGCUCUCUCAGGAAGAGGAGGAGGAUCAAUUUAUCGAGGCCGAGACAGAGUGAUCUAGACGUUCGCGAGGAAUGUCGAGUAUUUUAUUCGGUUUAUAGUUUAGAGGGGGAAAUCAUCUUGGUCUGGGAAAGGCCCUGGUUGUUGCUUGCACACGAAGUUCUUCGUUAGAGUCGCGAUCCUUCGAGAGCAUCGAAAAAGUUGUUCGUGUACAUGUGCGCACAUGUGAAUUGCAGAAAAUUCGGAAGUGACCAGAAAGCUCCGAAGUUUUGAUUAGGAAAAAACUGUUCCCGAUACUUAUCAAAAACCAGAGCCUGCAUUGCUUGAGUCGACGAGAGAUUGUUUUCCCUCAGCUCAUGGAUAAGCAGGACUAUUGGACGUCGUCCCCAGGAAAAAACAGGACUCCGGAGGCAAGCUUAGAUCCGAUUUUCUCUCCACGUGGGAUCCUUAUUAUGGAAUUUUUCUGUGAACGAGGCCGGGUACGAUCUCGACAGCAUGCUCAAUGCCGUCGACGCAGAUUCGAAUCGAGUUCGACUACGAAAUUGACGGAAGAUACUCAUGACAAGUGUUCACCGUGCAAAUGGGUUGGGGCAAUAAAAACGAACACACAUGUGUUUAUGGAAGCCGGUCGAUUUUGCCGGAACUUUACAUCUAUCUGUUACU